UUGCCAGCAGAAGGCACCUCGGGUAAAGUGCGAACAAACAACAAUACGGUAUUACCAUCGCAAUAGUUCGUUCUAUUGAUGUUUUUCUAAUGACAGACAGCGGGUGUUUUUCACACCUUUGCACAUUUGAAAAGAUUUGAUAGUGACAAUAAUGCUACUUUGCGUUAUGCACAUUCCUUUAUUAUUUUUUUAAAACAGUAACAUACAACAAAAUGUUUUGUAAAAUAUCGAAACAUUAAAAUCAUGAACAACGAUUAAUUGAUAAAUACAUCCUUUCCCGAUUUUCCGUUGCCGUUAUAACUCAAUCCAGUUAAAGUGCUGACUCACAUCGAGUUUUUGUGAGUAGCGUCCCUUUUGUAAAAAAGUAAACACUCGUGUUUGUUUUCAAUUUAUUUUUCAAUAAAUCAUUUUAAAGUAAACUUUCAAUAUAUUUCUGCGUGUGUUAACUUGCAUGAUUUAACCUAUGUCAGUUGUUCACUUCGGUGACGCAGUACAGAUACUUACUAUUACCGCGUUCUUCCCCGGUCCGAUAUUUUCGACCUGAAAUGGACUUGGAAAUAAACAGAUGAAAUUCUAAUAGCAUAGGAAGGACGCAGGCAAUUUUUAAGACGAUAAUUGGGGGUAAAAAAGUGCGUCCUAUGCAUGAUAUAAUACGGUACCGUUAUACAUGUACACAACCAGUCAGAUUUGUCCCAGAUUUACCGAUAUCGGGAUACUUGAUAAACAAUCGACACUUAGCAGCAUGGAACCAAAGAAAAUGUGCUGUUUGGGUCUUGUGAUUUUGGAACUGUCUACAAUAUAUUAUGUUGAAACUCUACAAAUUAGUCACAACUCUUCAAAGGUUGGAGUGUCUUCUGUUAUUCAGUGCACAAGUGACAAUGGUAAUGGCAUGGAUUGGAUUGUAGAUGGCACAACUGUUGGAAUAUGCUCUGGAUCCAUAGCUAACUCCUGUUUGCCUGCUUGUACCGAGUGCUCAUCAGUCAUUGGUAGUCCAGCAAAUACCUUUUCAUACACUAUUAAUACUGUUGGCUACGCAAACUGUAUAAAAUAUGGAUGUCGAGAAGGAAACACUGGAUUGCUUUCUGAAUUUACACUUGAAGUUACAGAAACUCUACAAAUUAGUCACAACUCUUCAAAGGUUGGAGUGUCUUCUGUUAUUCAGUGCACAAGUGACAAUGGUAAUGGCAUGGAUUGGAUUGUAGAUGGCACAACUGUUGGAAUAUGCUCUGGAUCCAUAGCUAACUCCUGUUUGCCUGCUUGUACCGAGUGCUCAUCAGUCAUUGGUAGUCCAGCAAAUACCUUUUCAUACACUAUUAAUACUGUUGGCUACGCAAACUGUAUAAAAUAUGGAUGUCGAGAAGGAAACACUGGAUUGCUUUCUGAAUUUACACUUGAAGUUACAGACUUUAGUGUAGAUAAUUCAACUGCUGUUUUGAACCCACAAGAACCUACUGCAAACACGGAUGGGAAUGUCAGUAUAACAACACCUUGCAUAUUUCCUACAAGUUCAGACUCUAUUACUAUCAACUGGUACAAGAUUUUUGUGAAUAAGGCAAACCAGGCAGAGUUGUUGGACACUAGUAACGCAGACAUCCAGUCUUACAAUGAUACAGAUACUACUGGAUGCAGCACUUGCAAUACUAAGCCAGCUGGUAAAAUGACUGUUGGGGUGACAUACAAACACCCUUCUUCAAAUGGAGAUGAAAUCAAACUGCAAGUGGAGAUAAUUCAUGCAGAUUUUACAGAUCAUCUUUACUACACCUUUGACCGGUCAUAUUACCUUCCUGGUAUACCUACCACCACAACCACCACCACAACCACAACAACCACACCUUCGACCACAACUACUGAAAUCUCUACCACAAGUACUACGCCUUCCACAACAACUACCACGCCUACCAGUACAAGUACUGAAUCCACCACCAAAACGACUCGUAUGCCUUCCACAGCAACUAAUGCACCUAUCAGUACAACUACUGAAACUAUCACACCAAGUGUUACAAAUACCCCCUCAAAUGAAAGAACAGUCAUAAUUGUGGUGGCCUCAACAGUUGGUGGUGUGGUGUUGGUAGGUCUGGUGGUCUUCUUAGGUCUGUUUCUGUACAGAGCUAAGGGACAUGGACAUGGAAAAGGCAAGCAUGGACACAAGAGAACCACAAGACAACAACGCUCUGGUGGUGCAUAUAUCUAUAGUGGACAAAACAAUAGCCAAAAUAUGGAAAAGCACCCCAGAACGGCCUUUUAUAUGGAUACCAGGCAUGGUUAUCAGCACUCUACAAAGAGAUAUCCAGAAAGGACCUACAGGUUGCCAAUCAAAAACAAGAAAUCCGAAGACUUGAAGGAGCUCAGAUGAGAAACACAAACAAGGUUAAAACAAACAACAGUGUUUAUCCUGAGAAUAUGGUUUAUUCUGGAAACAUGCAAAGCUUCUACCCCAACCAUUACCGAAGAAAUGAGGAAUGGCAAAGACCUGCAACAACUGGCAACAUACACCAAGGCCAUGUUAACCAUGCCCUUGAAUCUGGUUACACUUAUUACCAACCUCGAGAAUAUUCAGAUAACUGGAAUAUGUAUUGAUGAUAUUGAUAAUGACUGAGUUUGAGUUGACACUGACAAAGUCGAACUGUUUAUAAAUGCAGACAUUAGCCAUGAUGGUAUAAAAAAGCAACAGAUUUGAAAAUCUUUUUGAAGCCAUGUUCAAUAAUGUUCUAUUUAUAACUGAUUAAGUUGGGAAUAAUGUACAUAAAAUUAUAGUCUUCAUGUUCUGUUUGGAUCAUUUUAGAGAUUUAGAUUUUUUUCGAUGCUUUUUCUAAACUUGCUGUGCUCAAUUUUUUUUGUUCCUUGGAUUUUUAUUAAGAAAAUCAGGAGUGAAUGACACAUCACUGUAGGCUUGUUGCAUAUAAAAAAAAAAUUCGACGCUUUUUCUAAACUUGCGGUGCUCAAUUUUUUUUGUUCCUUGGAUUUUUAUGAAGAAAAUCAGGUGUGAAUGACACAUCACUGUAGGCUUGUUGCAUAUAUCAUUUGUAUAUUUUACUUGGAUGGAUAUUAGACACCUGCCAAUGCUUCCGACUCCUUUAUGUUUGGAUCAUAUCUCAUGGAAGGUGUGGCAGUUAGAUGAGGGAUGUAUUGUUUUUCUUACAAAAACUACAAAUAGUUGGUAUAUUCGUUGAAAUAUUAAGUUGACACUGAGUUUUAUGUGCAGUGAUAUUUUUGUCUGGUAUGGUUUAGAUAAUUUACACUGACUGCAAAAUGUUUGGUGAAUAUGGAUGUAAAGUACUAUUAUCAUAAUGAUUUUAUAACAGGAAACUUGUGGGAGCUCCAGUUAUAAAUGUCAUGUACUUGACAAUCAGGCAUGUAGCUGCCUAUCCUACGCAAUACGCAGCUAAAUCCACAUGAUUCUGACAAAAAUAUAUAGAAAAUCAUCCAAAGUUGCAGUAUGUGUACUGACUCCUUGAUCCUAAUACUGUCAUUUCUCCAGUACUAAAAUAAGCUCCUCAGGAGGCCCAGAAUGCACCAGAUUGCACCAUGGUUUUCAAUAAUCUACACUUCGGCCACAUCAAUAUUGUUUUGUUGGACACAUUUACCCGACCUAUAUUUCAAAGAUUUCAUUUUCUUUCAGAAGCCAUUGACUUGUUUCACUCUAAAAUCAACAAAUGACAAAAUAGGUCUUCUUGCAAAGCCGUGUUGCAUCUAACUGGAGGGCAUUUUAUUAAAUUUUACUAAGUUAUGAUUAUUCAGCAUUUUAAUCAUUCUAAUGAUGAUUUAUGAAGGAUUUUUUUUUCCUUUUUUAAAUGAAAUGGAAAUAUUGUUUGAUAAGUUUUAUUUAGCCAGCUACCUCCAUUUUUUUAGGGCAAAAUUCAUAUAGCAAAAACAUUAAUUGUUGUAGCCUUAUGGUCAUGAAAUUUUGAAUAUUAUGUUGUUCCUGAUUCUCUUUUACUUAUUUAAAAAAAUAAAAUAGGUGGUGCCCUAUAGUAGUCUGUCCAAUUUUCUUAUGUUUUUAGCCACAUUUUUUUUUCAAUUAUUAGCCACAUUUUUUUAUGACUUUAAAACCAUUGGGGAAUGUUUUUAUAGACUUCAACUUAAAUACAUUUGAUCACAGUAACUAUACAAUCUUUUUGUGUCAGGUUAUUAAACUCAGACUGUUCAACCUUUUUAGAUUAUUCAUCAGAACAAGGAAUUUAUGUAAAUAGAAACAUCAGUAUAUGAUAAGCAAUGUGAAUGAUUAUGUGUGUGUAGUACUUUAUAAGUGCCAUAACUCUGUGACCCAUUUAUACCAUAUUGUUUCCCUUCAUUAGAACAACUACUGAAACUAUCACACCAAGUGUUACAAAUACCCCCUCAAAUGAAAGAACAGUCAUAAUUGUGGUGGCCUCAACAGUUGGUGGUGUGGUGUUGGUAGGUCUGGUGGUCUUCUUAGGUCUGUUUCUGUACAGAGCUAAGGGACAUGGACAUGGAAAAGGCAAGCAUGGACACAAGAGAACCACAAGACAACAACGCUCUGGUGGUGCAUAUAUCUAUAGUGGACAAAACAAUAGCCAAAAUAUGGAAAAGCACCCCAGAACGGCCUUUUAUAUGGAUACCAGGCAUGGUUAUCAGCACUCUACAAAGAGAUAUCCAGAAAGGACCUACAGGUUGCCAAUCAAAAACAAGAAAUCCGAAGACUUGAAGGAGCUCAGAUGAGAAACACAAACAAGGUUAAAACAAACAACAGUGUUUAUCCUGAGAAUAUGGUUUAUUCUGGAAACAUGCAAAGCUUCUACCCCAACCAUUACCGAAGAAAUGAGGAAUGGCAAAGACCUGCAACAACUGGCAACAUACACCAAGGCCAUGUUAACCAUGCCCUUGAAUCUGGUUACACUUAUUACCAACCUCGAGAAUAUUCAGAUAACUGGAAUAUGUAUUGAUGAUAUUGAUAAUGACUGAGUUUGAGUUGACACUGACAAAGUCGAACUGUUUAUAAAUGCAGACAUUAGCCAUGAUGGUAUAAAAAAGCAACAGAUUUGAAAAUCUUUUUGAAGCCAUGUUCAAUAAUGUUCUAUUUAUAACUGAUUAAGUUGGGAAUAAUGUACAUAAAAUUAUAGUCUUCAUGUUCUGUUUGGAUCAUUUUAGAGAUUUAGAUUUUUUUCGAUGCUUUUUCUAAACUUGCUGUGCUCAAUUUUUUUUGUUCCUUGGAUUUUUAUUAAGAAAAUCAGGAGUGAAUGACACAUCACUGUAGGCUUGUUGCAUAUAAAAAAAAAAUUCGACGCUUUUUCUAAACUUGCGGUGCUCAAUUUUUUUUGUUCCUUGGAUUUUUAUGAAGAAAAUCAGGUGUGAAUGACACAUCACUGUAGGCUUGUUGCAUAUAUCAUUUGUAUAUUUACUGACUCCUUGAUCCUAAUACUGUCAUUUCUCCAGUACUAAAAUAAGCUCCUCAGGAGGCCCAGAAUGCACCAGAUUGCACCAUGGUUUUCAAUAAUCUACACUUCGGCCACAUCAAUAUUGUUUUGUUGGACACAUUUACCCGACCUAUAUUUCAAAGAUUUCAUUUUCUUUCAGAAGCCAUUGACUUGUUUCACUCUAAAAUCAACAAAUGACAAAAUAGGUCUUCUUGCAAAGCCGUGUUGCAUCUAACUGGAGGGCAUUUUAUUAAAUUUUACUAAGUUAAGCACAUUAUAUUGAAGAAAUAGUUGAUGUUAAUUGAAUUCUUUAGAAAUGUUCACAUAUUUUUGACUUGUAUACAUUUCAAGAACCAUAACUCUGUGGCCAGAUUGUCCUCCAUGACAUUUUUUUUCAAAUUGAAUGUAAAUUGAUAAAUUGGUUAAUAGUAAUAUGGACUUGAGCACAUUUUCAAAAACCAUACUUGUGUGUGGCAAACUUGAUUCACAGUGCAAGAGGACUCUAAUUCUUUAAACCAUACAUAAACAUGCAUGUAAACAUUCAUUUGUGUUGAUGAUCAUCUCCAAUCUAUAUUUUUUUUGGUAACUUUGAUCUUUGUUUAGAAUAAAAUACAAGUUAAGAUAUCUCGGAAAAAAUGUUUAUGAUCUAUGAACAUCAUUUUUACAACCUGGCCCAUAUUUGCAAAAUUGCCCCAUUGAACUUUUAACAUGCCUUGAAAAUGUUCCCCCUCUCAAAUAUGCUAUUAUUCAAGGCCUUUAAUUAACACAUUCCAUGUUGGUUUUAGAAGUUUUUUCGGGGUGUUAAAUUUUUCUCAUGGAAACAUCUACUGUUUCAAGGACUUAUGUUAUGUACUGUAACAAUUAUUUAAGCAUGCAAUAAAAAUAAUAUGAGGGUACUAUUGAUAUAAAUGUAUAUGUUUUGUCAUAGUUUUGAUUAGUUUUGACUCUUCUACACAGACAACUGAUUUGUAGUCUUGUUUUCUUGUCCUUUUUUUUAUAAUCACAUAAUUUGGUUGGAAAUAAGGUAUCAGGAAAACAGGUUGGCAGCUAUUCAAUCAAAUGACUUAUGCAGUUUUAAUCAUUUUUUUUUUCAAACUUAAGAGUAAUGUUUUAUAUAUAAGUUUAUAUGUCAGCUGUAUUUGGUGAGUUAUAUAACCAACCAAACAAGAGUUUUGGCCUUUGAUAUUAACCAAAUUGAAUUUGUCCAAUGAUUAAAUUUUGAAUAAGCAACAUUUAGCUUUUAAAGUAAGUGUUCAUCAAACUUGAAAACAAUUUUCAUGGGCAAAAUCACAACAGACUAUUUAAAUUAGGUUUGAUAACCUAUAUGCACUUUAGUGCAACUUUUGUUUGUCCAUAGAAGAAACUUAGGAGCUAGUAUUUUGUUGCUGGCCUUCCUAUAUAAGGUUGUUUUAGAUACAUGUGCCAUAUUAUUGUUAUAUUAUAUACAGUAUUAUAGUUGUAAAAAUCUAAUUCAAUGUAGUGCUUUUAAUUAACCAAAUAUUUUAAUCUACAUAAAUGUUCAUGUUUAAAACCAUAAUUGAAUAUACGAAUAGUAAGUUCUCCUUUUUUGGUAUUGGCCAUAAUUAUGUAAUAAAUGUGUAUAAUUAUAAUAUAAAAUAUUGUAAGUGUUAUAUAUUAUUUGUGUAUAUUUAGCAUGUCUGUCAAUGUUAAGAUUUUUUUGUUGAGGUUACUAACUAACCAAACAUUUGUGUAGGCCUGUCCUCCUUAUGUUGUGGCAAAUUUAUAAUUUGGCCAUUUAAAGAGAUUAUUAUAAUUUGUCUGAUUCUUGGACUUGAACAUAAUGCUUUACUAAGGCCAGAAAAAAAUAGAUUUAUUUUUCAAAUGCAAGUGUUUGCAAUUCUAUUUUCGAGGAUAUUGAUAGAAAUGUAUGUUGAAAACAAUAAUUGCUGUAGUAUUUGAAUAUCUUACUGUGAAUGAAUGCCUUAGGGCUGAAUUCAGAACAAUCACUCUCACUCACACUAAAUGAGUUAAUCCUCGGCAAUCACAUACGGUUGAGAUAUUUUCGAUUGAAAGGUAUAUCCGUAUUCACAGUUGGAGUGAGACUCAAGUCUUUUGUGUGAGUGGGACAUUAGUGAGUGCUCGGCUAGGCCACUUGAACCAACCUUGAGGAUUGGUUGUGAAUACGAAUUGAACGAGAGUGAGUGAUAAAUGUACAUGACAAGUGAAUAUAUCAGAUAUGUGGAACAAUUAAGUGACAUCCUCAGUCCUAGACAAUAUUAAAGACCGGGAUAAUCUAUUGGAGUGCAUGUACUUCAAUAACGUGGUCUUUCAAAUUUUCACAAGAAUGCGCCAAUCACAUAUGUAUUUUCUUUCAUGCUGAUCUUGAACACCCAGUAAACGUGAUGGUUGCAAUUCAUCGAUGGCUGCAAGAAUAGGCAGCUUAAUGUACUUGAAGUUAGCGGCCUAGUGAAGUGAAGUUAGCAGCAUAGCGGCCUUGCGGUGUGAAUUUAGCGACCUAGCGGUCUUGUGGCCUAACGGCUGUGGGAGUUGGCGUCCUAGCAGCCUAAGUUUGUUCACUAUUUCAAAGUUAUUGUUCAUGCUUUUGAUUGGAAAACAAUUAUAAAUCAAAUGAAUGUUUCUUAUUCAUACAUUAACAUAGCGGCCUUAAAUUGUUUUCUACUUUUCAAAGCAUUUUUUCAGGAUAUUUCUUCUAAAGCAAUGCUCAAAUAAUUGUUUGUAUGCAAUAUUUAUCACUCUGGAGCGAUUAACUUUUUUUUUUCAAAAUUCGAUCAAGCAGUCCAGCGGCUUAGCAACGUUAAGUUAGCGGCCUGGCGGCCUAAAAUUCCCAAAAUAAAAAUCCAGCAGCCUGGGGGAGGGAUGCUGAUAUUCGCUAAAGGAUGUUGAAUUGAAAAUUAAAACAUUUAUCAUUGUUGUAGAAAAGUAUGCACAUAAAAUGCUUUGAAAUAGGAAACAAGAUCAUGCCGCUUGACAGCUCCCGUGCCAAAAAAAA